ACGUUCUUGCGACCCAAAAUUAUGUUUCUUUUUUUGUGUUUAUGUAUUUUUAUUAAGGUACCGGUUCGUAAUCGACUGGUACAUAAUUGCUAUAGUUAGUAAAAGCAAGUGUUGUGCGUUUGGUUGAGCGAAUUAUUCUUUGAUUUUUCAUCGUGUUUGGCCAAUGCCGAGAAAGAAACCGUUCAGUGGAAAGCAAAAGAAACAACAACUGCACGAUAAACGUAUCAAGAAAGGGUCUUCGGACCACCCUCCCCAAGUACAAACAUGGCAACCAUCAUCAUCUGAUAAACCAACUGAACCCCAUUCUUCACAUUCACUACCUGAAGCCAAAGAGCAUACCAAAGGCGUUUACGAUCCCUCUCGUUUCCAUCUUAACUUCUUGAAAGAAUCACGCGAGGAGCUAGAGAGGAGGAAGAAAGAUGCUCAAAGUCUUCCUGUCAUCUUUGUGGAUGAACGAGAACUUGAAGCAGACAUCAAGGAUGUCUAUAGACCUGGAUCAGUGCUCGACGUGCCCAAGCGACCCACAUGGAAAUAUACAAUGUCUAAACAACAAGUUGAAAGGAAGGAAGAAGCUUAUUUUAAAUCUUACUUGAUGAAUAUUUAUGAGGAAUUUGGCGAACAGAACCUGAGUUAUUUUGAACAUAAUCUUGAGACAUGGCGGCAAGCAUGGAGGGUUUGGGAGAUGAGUGAUGUCAUCGUCAUGGUAACUGACGUUAGACACCCGAUCCUCCACUUCUCCCCUGCUUUAUACGAAUAUGUGACCAAGGAAUUGAACAAACCUCUUAUAUUGGUUUUAAACAAGAUCGACUUGGUCCCUGCUAAUGUCAUUGCUGCGUGGACUUCAUAUUUUAAGGAAUUAUUCCCGGAGCUUCACGUAGUUUGGUUCACUUCAUUCCCACAAGAUGUGAGAAGUGUGGAUCUCGCUAAUAAGAAAAGUAAGAGAACGCGAAAGAAGCGAGUUUACAAUACACAGAUCGGACCUAAGGAGCUUUUACAAAUAUGCAAGAAUAUUGUGGGGGAUAAAGUUGAUUUAUCGUCAUGGGCGACGAAAAUUGAAUCCGAUCUUCAACAACUUGGUUUCCAUGGUAACGAGGAUUCCACCAAUCACCAUGCAGCUGCUGGUGAUUCGAACCGCGUUUUGCCCCAAAAAGUUUCUUCAAAUGAAAAGGUUGAUAAAACAACACAAGAUGAAAUACUCACUAUUGGGUUCGUGGGCCACCCAAAUGUUGGUAAAUCCUCUUUAAUGAAUGGAUUAAUUGGUCGUAAAGUUGUCAGCACAUCAGUGACCCCCGGGCAUACAAAAUACUUCCAAACUUAUUUUCUUACUAAAACUGUAAAGUUGUGCGAUUCUCCGGGUCUUGUCUUUCCCUCACUUAUUCAUAAACAACUACAAAUUCUUAGCGGUAUCUACCCGAUAGCGCAAGUCCAAGAACCUUACACCCCUGUUGGGUACCUGGCUUCACGUAUCCCUCUAGUGGAUAUAUUGCAACUAAAGCGAGUUGAAAAUCCGAGAUACCGAGAUCAAUGGACGCCAUGGGAGAUUAGUGAAGCUUGGGCAGAGAAGCGGAAUUACCGCACAGCCAAAGCAGCUCGUCCAGAUGUAUACAGAGCGGCUAACAGUAUAUUAAGGAUGGCAGUUGAUGGGAGGUUAUGUUUGUAUAUGAGACCACCGGGGUUCACACAUAAUAAAGAUUACUGGGAGCAACACGAGAACACUGUGGGUCUUCUCGCUCUUCAAUCAACCGGGCAUUUCCAUGGCAACGGGAGGCCCUUACCUCUUCGUGUGGAGGAUCUUUACAGCUCCGAAUCCAUAUGCGACUCCAACUCCGAAGUGUGGUCCUCCAAUGAAGAGGAUGACACACUUGAAGAGGAUUCAAAUAUAUUGAUGGCGGUUUCAAAACAAGAUUCGGAAUCUGACAACUCAGAUUCCGAUCAUGAUGUCACAAUCUCUCCUAUGACUAAUCAGUUUUCGCUCCUCGCAAGUGGGGAUUUUGACAGCGACUAAGUUAGGUGUUUCAAUUUAUUUAUUGAGUGUUCAGUUUAAGUUCCAAUGGGCAGUGUAGUGUGUUUGGUGAUCAGUUUAAUUGGUGGGAAUACAAAUUCAGAAACAUAAAAAUCGAUAAAAAAAUACGC